UUGACUUGACACUAGGGAGUGGAUGAGCUGACAACGCAGAAGACGAGAGGAGGAAUAAUGGCAUCAGCUCUUCUUCCAUCCUCUCCCUCCCUCUGCAAAUCCAAUCACCCUUUCCCUGCAAAUCUCCCAAUCUUCAGAUACCGAGCCAGAAGCGCACUGAACCCGAAAAACAGUAUAGUACGAGAGAAAGUCCCACUUAUUUCUUGUUCUUCCUUGGUACAUAAUUCGGAGAAUGGCAUUGGAAGACGCGAUUUAAUUCUUUUUAGUCUUGCUUCUCCAUUAAUUUUUAUAUUACCAUCUUCAGCUUUAGUCGCUUUGGCCGAGCCAGAAGGAGAUGUUAAAAUGUCGUCGGUUGUUGAUGAGAUAAACGCUUAUUCUUUUCUGUACCCUGUGGAGUUGCCAUCAAAGAAGUAUAUAUUCAAAUGGGUUGAAUCCAGAAAACCAGAGCGUUAUUCAUCAGCUGCCCCACUAUCUCCUGAUGCACGACAGAGGAUUGUGUCUGAGCGUGUUGACAUAAUUGAUAACCUUAUUAUUUCUGUCUCGAUAGGCCCUCCCAAUUCACAGUUAAAAUCAAAGGAUAAGAGUUCUUGGAAUGCAAAAGAUGUCGCUGAUUCUGUUCUAUCUGACAAAUCUGCAUUGCGUAUCACCUCGGCACAAAGGAUGGCAGAGAGUUCUGUUCUUGAUGCGCAUUCUAGCAAAAUAGAUGGAGAGCCUUACUGGUACUAUGAAUAUCUUGUUCGCAAAUCCCCUACAAACUCUAUUCAAGAAUCAAGUGUUUACCGGCACUAUGUAGCUUCAACUGCUGAGCGAGAUGGUUAUUUGUACUCAGUGAACGCUUCUACUCUUGGCAAGCAAUGGAACUCUAUGGGGCCUCUCUUAGAGAAAGCAGUGGCAUCUUUUCGCCUUCUCCCUCCCACAGACAACUAUGUCCCUCCAUAUAAGGAUCCCUGGAGAUUUUGGUGAUGAAAAUUUUGUAUUGUUAAAUUUCAUUGUCUAUAAGAUGAGGUUGGAGUUUUGUAUCUUUGUCAUUUCCCUUGUAAGAAAUUCUUUGCUGCGACUGAUAUCCUAAAUUUCAUGCACUCUGGUGGGUCUAAGAGCCUUCACUUUGAAUAGGCCUUGGGUGCGUGCAGAUAUUGUAUCAAAGUGCCCUUAUUGUUAAUUAUUUAUAUGCAAGGAUGACCAGUUCUGAUACGAA